UAAAAUUAGUGGGAGGUGGGUAUGUAUUGAAAUAUCCUAAAAUGGAAAAUUUGGAUUUAUUUUAUUUAUACUGGCUUUGUAAACUAAAAAGUCUACCAGAAGGUCCUACAAAAAAGCUAUUGACAAUGCUUAUGUCUCUCUCCAGAAUAGGUUUCCUAAUAGACCAAGAUGGACAAACACAAUCUAACAGUGCUGAAUGAAUUCAUUCUGAUGGGAAUCACAGACCGCCCAGAGCUGCAGGCACCAUUGUUCGGGCUGUUCCUCAUCAUCUAUAUGAUCUCAGUGGUGGGCAACUUGGGCAUCAUCAUCCUCACCAAGAUGGACUCCAGGCUACAAACUCCCAUGUACUUUUUUCUCAGGCACCUGGCUAUCACUGAUCUUGGUUAUUCAACAGUUGUGGGACCCAAAAUGUUGGUAAAUUUUGUUGUGGAUGAAAACACAAUCUCCUAUUAUUUUUGUGCUACACAGCUAGGUUUCUUUACUGUGUUCAUAACUAAUGAACUUUUUAUUCUGUCAGCAAUGUCCUAUGACCGUUAUGUCGCCAUCUGUAACCCUCUCCUCUACACAGUCAUCAUGUCCCAAAGGACAUGUUGGGGGCUGGUGGCAAUCCCCUAUCUCUACAGCACAGUUGUUUCUCUUCUCACCACCAUAAAGAUUUUUAAUUUAUCCUUCUGUGGCUACAGUGUCAUCAGGCAUUUCUACUGUGAUGGUCUGCCCUUGUUAUCUUUGCUCUGCUCAAACACACAUGAAAUUGAAUUGAUCAUUCUUAUUUUAGCAGCUUUUGAUUUUAUUUCAUCCCUCCUAAUUGUUCUUGUUUCCUACCUCCUUGUUCUUGUAGCCAUUCUCAGAAUGAACUCAGCUGAGGGCAGGCACAAGGCCUUCUCCACCUGUGGAUCCCACCUGACUGUGGUGGUAGUGUUCUAUGGGACUUUAAGCUUUAUGUAUGUACAGCCCAAGUCCAGUCAUUCCUUUGAUACUGAUAAAAUGGCUUCCAUAUUUUACACCCUGGUGAUCCCCAUGUUGAAUCCCUUGAUCUACAGUUUGAGAAAUAAAGAUGUGAAAUAUGCUUUACAUAGGAUAUUAGGAGUAUUAUGUAAUAUAUUUUCUCAAAGUUCACUAUACCAUGUCAUUCAUAUACAUUAUGCUAUGGGCUUUAAAUAUUUUCCUGUGUUUCUCCGGAGGGGAUACCAAGCACAAAAACACAGAUAA